UAUAACUACUUAUCUUAUUAUGGAAUCUACCAACCAUAAUAAUCUCCUUCAUCAUCAUCAUCAUCAUCUUCAAGACCAACAAAAACCACAUGAUAAUAAUAAUGUUGAGGCUUGUUCUUCAUCUUGCUAUGGUGUUGGAAGCAGCCAUUCUUGGAGCUCACCAAAUACAACUAUGGAUGGUGAUGAUAACUUGAAGAUCCAAGAUUAUUUAGGUUACAAUAAUAAUGAAGAGAACAAAGAUAUGAUGAUGAGUAAUGGGAGGCUCUUAAUGAAGAACCUUUCUCAAGAAGAGCAAUAUUACUCCACUUCUUCCACUAAUGCACAAAGUCAUUAUCAUAAUUAUAUUGGUGGUAAUAAUAAUAAUAUUAAUAAGGCCUAUAUUAGUAUCUAUCCAACCAUAAAUGUCUCAAAUUUGAACCACCCAUCAGCAGAAAUUUCUUCAAGCAUAAUGCAUCAUCAUCAGCCCUUAGAUCUAUUAACCUCAACAACAACAACAACAUCAUCUUCAAAGGAUCAUCAUCAUCAUCAUGGUCUUAAUGGUCAAUUAUUUACAGAAAACCUUUUCCAUAAUAUUAUUGGUCUUGAUGAUCAUCAUAUGCAGCACUCCACUACUAGUAUUCCAUCACAACACUUCACCAAUAAUAAUAAUGGCAUGAUGGUAGAAACAAAAAGAUCUUCAAGCACUUUGAUGGAGUCAUCAAAUGCAUCGAAGAAAUCAAGACCCCAAUCAUCACGCUCUUCAUGCCAACACCUUAAGAUUAGAAAGGAGAAAUUAGGAGAUAGGAUUGCGGCUCUUCAGCAAUUGGUGGCUCCUUUUGGCAAGACAGAUACAGCAUCCGUACUUCUAGAGGCAAUUGGAUACAUUAAAUUCCUUCAAAGCCAAGUGGAGACACUAAGUGUUCCAUAUAUGAAGUCAUCAAGGAACCAAAUCAGCAGAGGACUCAUAAUGAGGCAAGGGGUUUCAGCAAGAGAUAAUAUUAUGAACUCGGAGGCAAAGCAUGAAGACCUUAGAAGCCGAGGCCUCUGCCUUGUACCAAUGUCGUGCAUGGCAUACAUAGCCGGUGAUGAUGGUGGCGGUUGUGGAGCGUGGCAGCAACCGCCAAAUUUUGGCGGCCCAACCUAAUAGUAAGGAGAGGAUCGGAUCUUCUUACAUGCAUGCAAUUUGCAUGCACAUUCUAUACGUACGUCUCUAAUGUUAGUCACAUUAUGUUAGGAGAAACAACCUAAAAAGGAUAUAUAGGAAAUUAAUAUUAAUCUGAGGAUAUAUAUAUAAGUUUAAU